AUGGAUGCAGGCAAAUACGACCAACUAGCUAAUAAACCUCAAGUACAUUACAACAGAAGGGCGAGCAGCUAUGAGGAGGUGUUCAAAAUCAAGCCACAAACUUCUACUGACUCUCAUGGCAACACUCUUCGAUUCAAACCUUACAAAGGAUUGAAAUUCCAUCCCGACAUUCCAGGAAACGUAGAAGACCAACUGAAUGAUGUGUCAUCAUUACAUCUCAGACCAGAUGAUGUAUUGUUAUGUUCAUUUCCUAAAUCAGGAACACACUGGGUGUAUAACAUGAUACAAAUGAUACAAACAGAAUCUCUAAAGUAUCAAGGGACACCUUACAUGAUCGAAUUCCAUCCAUCAAGCGAGAUUGACAAGCUUGAUUCUCCCCGAACGCUCCACACACACCUCACCUACCCACUGAUCCCAGCAAUGGCAAGAGAGGGCAAAGUGAAGAUAGUACAUGUUCUACGGAAUCCAAAGGACACCAUAGUAUCUUAUUAUGAACACUAUAAGCGAGUUGUAGGCACGAUAUAUGAAGGAGACUUUAAUGGCUUUUUCAACUUUUGUCUAUCGGACGAGUUUGGACUCUUUGGUGGAAGUUGGUUUUCGUACGUAAGAGAAUGGGAGAAAGCCAAACUCUCGAAUCAGAAACUAAACGUUCUCUUUCUGAAAUAUGAAGAUAUCAAACAGAACCUGUACGGCACCAUCACCAGGUUGGUAGAAUUCCUCCAGCUAAAUCGACCAGAAUCGUUUUUAUGCGAAGUGAAAACGGCAGUUGAAUUCGCAAAUUUGCAAAAGGAGCAUGAAACCAAGGCAGGAGAAACUAAGAUUUGGAAUUCCUUUGGCAAUGGCGGGCGAUUACCUAUUUACAGGAAAGGAUGUGUAGGCGAUUGGAAGAACUGCUUCACAGUUGCGCAAAACGAAAAGUUUGACGCCAUGCUUAACAAAGAGGUCACGGAAUAUGGUAUCGACCUCAACUUUUUAUAUGAAUGAUAAUACUCAGUCUCCUUGCAUUGAAACAGUCGCGAAACAAGCUAUAUCAGUUUACAUUAAGUACUAAGGGCUGACGUGGGAAACAUUUCGACGGUUUCAACAGUCUCAAAUUUAAACGGUUUAAUAUUUAAGUAAUACUUAAGUAUAACAUGUUACCCUUUUUUUUUUCUUUUUUUUUUUUUUGUACCAUUUAGGAACUAGAAAGAUAGAUAUGAGACAGAAAUACAAGGCAAAUGUUAAAUAUUUUUACUUGAUGAAAUUGAUAUCCAAUUUACACAGAAU